CUAUGGUGGACCUAACAGCUGUAAAGUACGACGGACAACUCCAACUCCGAAUAUGAUUCACUUUUGUUCGAAUCUAGGUGCAAUAGUGGCAUGGAUUGAUGGACGCGGAUCUUCUAAUCGAG